ACGUCUAUACCAACGCAGUCACACUGUCUACAACUGCUUUCAAAAAUAGCGGCAAUUAAUCGCAAAUUAUUCAUCAAAUUUGGUAAAAAGUCGUUUGUUUCAUUAAAAAUAACAUGUCAACGGCUCAAGCAACCAAGAACUGCAUCACACUUAAGGGAUCCGCUCAGAUUAUUGCGGAAUAUCUGAAGUAUGGAAUCAAUUCUAUUUUGUUUCAACGAGGCAUUUACCCAGCUGAAGACUUUGACAACACCCAACAAUAUGGACUGACCAUCUUGAUGUCAAAGGAUCCGAAGAUCCAGACAUUUUUGCAGAACGUGCUCAGUCAAACUGAAGAAUGGCUUUCAAAAAACAUGAUCAACAAGAUCUCCAUGGUCAUCACAAAUGCCCACACCAAGGAAGUGCUUGAGUGCUGGGACUUCAAGAUGCAGGCCGAAUUGGGCGACGGUGAAAAUACUGAUCCCACCAAGCUCACGACCACCAAGGAGCUCGCUCGCAUCCAGAACGAGAUUCGGGACGUGAUGCGUCAGAUAUCGGCCACCGUAAGCUAUCUUCCACUGCUCGACUGCAUCUGCACCUUCGACGUCAUGAUCCACACUCUGCAAAACACCGAACUUCCGGCCAAAUGGGACGAAACGGGUGCCAUUAUCAUUCAGAAUGCCCAGGCCGUCCAGCUGCGCUCCUUUUCCACCGGACUCCACAAGGUGGACACCGUGGUCAACUACAAGAUGAGCUCUUAGCUUCGAAGUCCCACCAUCCAAUCGUUUUAAAUAUUUAUUCAUUUCCUAUAUAUACAAUAGUGCGUAACGAACGUAACGUAUUUGAGAGUUGCAUUAAAACCCAGUUGUGAAAAGCUAA